AUGCGUAUAUUAAUAUUUUCCAUAGCAUUUUUGCUAUGCAGUGUUUAUGUGACCCAAGCAUUUGAGGACACUACACUUGAAGAUGAUGAUUUUGCUGAAUUUGAACAAUUCGAAGCAGAAGAUGGCACAGAUGGAGACUUCAAUGAAGAAGAUGUGCCAGUGUUAAAGCAGAAAUUGUCUUCAAAUAAAGAUCAGUUCGAAGCUACAGUAGAAAUAGAAGAUGACAUCAUUGCUGAGGAUGAGGACAAUGAAUUUGAACAUUUCCAAGAUCCAGAAGAAUUUGAGGGCUUCCAAGAAACCACACCUCGUACUGCUGAGCAACCUAAAAUUACUAUAUCAAAGGUUCCCAUAACGGUGAGGCCCCGCUGGGAUGCGUACUGGUUGGAAGGUAUCCUCUGCUGUUUGCUCGCAGCGUAUGCACUGGCAUAUGCCAUUGGUCGCGCAAAGAACACAUCUAUAGCUGUCAACUUCCUAAAACUACACAAACCUCUGUUAGAUGAGAACUUUACGUUAGUCGGUGAAACGGGACUGGACGUGGUGGCGUCUGAGGAGCGCGGCUGGCGGCGCGAGGCCGAGCACUGCUUCACCAUGUGGUGCAGCGGCCGGCAGUGCUGCGAGGGGAUGCUGCUCACUCUGAAAUUAAUUAAGCGUCAAGACCUAGUGCAUGUGUUGCUGGGCGUGGUGAGGCCGACGCCGGACACGUUGCUUAUACGUGUGGAACUUGGCAAGGACGAUUGUGACCCCUUUGUGCUGUGUGUGGCGCAGAAGAAGAUAGCCACCCGACUGGCUAAGGAGAUGCAGGACUUGAGCAUGUUCUGCCCGGAGCGGCGCGCGGGCGACAAGCACGGGCUGCCGGCGGCGCUGGGCGUGCUGUCGGAGUGCGCGGAGGCCACGGCCGGCGUGCUGGACGCGCGCGUGUGCGCCGCGCUGCAGCGCCACCACGCCGCCCUGCACUACCUGCACAUCUCCGACAGAUACGCGGGGCCCAAGCAGAUAGAAGAAACGGUAGCAACUAAGCCGCCGGACACGGAAAGAGUGAUGCUAGUCAGCUUCGCGCUGGGCGCCGACGGCGGCGGGGAGGAGGUGCGCCCGCUGCUCCUACUGGUGUUCUACAUAUUGGAUAAGAUAAAACGUUUAAGAUUGAGCAAAGAGGCAUUAGCGAAAUGUGAGAAGCGUCGCACCAAAGCGGCCGAGGCGUGGGUGCGCGGCGCGCACGCGGCGCGGCAGGAGCAGGCGGCGCAGAGGCGAGAGGAGAAGCGCAAGCAGGAGAAGGAGAAAAUACUUGCGGAGGACGACCCCGAAAAACAACGCCGCUGGGAACUCAAAGAACAAAAACGUCAGCAAAAACGUAAAGCGCCGAAAAUGAAGCAACUUAAAGUGAAAGCGCUG